AGUUUCAAAUAUAACUAUGCAUAUAAUAUCUGAGCUUAUAUAUGAUACAAAUUCCGGAUUAAUUAUGCGAAGACCGCCUGUAACCGAAAAAAAAAAAAAGUAUAAGGAGACUGGCUCUAUUCCCUCUCGUCCUCCCACUGUUGACAAGCUACUUUUAAUUUGGAGAGGGAAGUGCAGGCAGGCACCUGCGUGCGUGGAAUGAUAAAAGAAAUUGGGUCAAUAAUAAAUAGAAGUGUUGGAUGCAAGGAGCUUCUCCUUCUUUUGGCGAAAAAGAGGCAAAAAAGAACAAAAAAAAGAAAAAGGUACAUUUCUCUCUCAAAGUAGCUCUCAUUGAUCAGAGCCGCAUUACUCAUCCCCAUCAUGUUUGCUCCUAACGACAACAACAGCAGCAGCAACAUCAACAACUGGCCGGUCAAGCUGAGCCCCAAUCUCCAACCCUUUGUUCCCCCACCUUCCUCCUCCUCUCCUCCUGCUUGUUCAUCCCAUCCCUUCCCUCCUUUCAGUUACAACCACCAAGAUCCGCUUACACAUGAUCAUCAGUUCCUGCUGCUCAACCAUGAAACUCUAUCUAACAACAAUUACAUGGGUCCUUUCCAUGAAAACAGCCCGAAUUUCGCAAUUUUCAGCUCAUCGUCAUUUCCUCCACCGCCGAACGCAGCUCAAGCUGCAAAGAAAGACAGGCACAGCAAGAUCUGCACGGCGCAGGGAGUGAGGGACCGGAGGGUGAGGCUGUCCAUAGGCAUUGCCCGGGAGUUCUUCGAUCUCCAGGACAUGCUUGGGUUCGACAAGGCCAGCCAAACCCUAGAGUGGCUCCUCACCAAGUCCAAGAGAGCCAUCAAGGAGGCUGCUAGGGCUAAGGAGCAGCAGACAGGGAGAGCAGGAGCAGCAGCUUACCCUGCGGGGUCAGAAAAAGAAGCAGCAGCAGAUGACUCGAAGGGAUCAUCAUCAGAUCUAACUAUUUCUAAGGAGGAGAUGCCACAAGAAGAAGUGCUUAAUAAUAUUCAUGAGCUGAUUCGGGGGAAAGAUGAGGACUCUUGGGCAAAUGCUAGGGCAAGGGACAGGGGGCGAGCGAAAAGAGAGAAGACUUACUGCUGUGUGAGCCCUAACAGCAAUGGCGUUGUAGUGCACCAUCACCAAUCGAUUAGGGAUCACUCAAAUUCAAGUUCGUCGAGCCAAUUAGUCAAACCUAGUCAAUAUCAUCUUUACUCGUCAUUAGCUCCUCCUAACAGCAAUGGUGUUGUAUUGCACCAUCACCAAUCGAUUAGGGAUCACUCCAAUUCAAGUUCGUCAAGCCAAUUAGUCAAACCUAGUCAACAUCAUCUUUACUCAUCAUUAGCUCCUCCUGGUGGCGACGACCUUCCUCCACUGAACACUGAAGACAGCAAGAAGAAUGACUUCUCCCUUCCGGCCCAAAAUUGGGACAUCAACUACAACUCAAUGGUCCUGCAGCCAUCAAGCUUCGGAGAGCCAUACAUAUGACAUGUUAUGUCUGCAGCUAUCUCCUGAAACUGGUCUGAUAUUCUGAGGAACUUCUUGUUCCCUUCCAGAAGCUUUUAUAUCCAUCAAUGACAAAGUAUUAGCUGACAUGCAUCUACUAAUUGGAUGUAUGCAACUUAGGGCUUUCAGGGUGCAGGUUUUCCUCCUUUCUCAGUUUCCAUGUAUGUGUUAUAUAUUAAGUCUUAAUUGCGUAUUGAAUUAUGAUGCUGCAACUGCGUGUUUUUACGCAUCAGAGCUAUAUGUAUAUAGAUAUGUAUGUACUAAUGAUUGAUGUCUACUUCAGAAUCUCAUAAAUAAAU